ACACUGCGUCUGCGUCAAUUGAUUGAAAUUUUUCAGACUUAGAGUGGUGCAAUAAAAGAGUAAGUGCCUUGCAAAUUGAACAUGCAAGCAUAUAUUUUGGAACCGUGUCUAGCCAUUAUAAUGUUAACACCACGAGCGUACCGGAAUUGGUAACGUGAGAAGUUCAGCAUCGAGAACUUAUAUUUGAAUGUGGAAUUCGGAUCAGGAACAGACGUCAUCUUUGAAUUGGAGUAAGAGUCCACCACAUAAAUUAAGUGCAAAGACGAGAAGCAAAAGCCUUGAAGAGUGCUCAUAUAUAGAUUUGGUGCAACAGCAAGGAUUAAAUUCAAGUAAUACAGCAAAGUCACUUUCGAGUUUUUUAGGCUUUAAUGUAUUAAGCGGCAUUUGUGGUAGGCGCCUUCAUCACAACUUGCAACUGCAAAAAUCAGAACAGCUUUCUUACUAUUCGUCGCCACAAGCUGAAAUAGUCGACUCUCCACAGUCGCUGUUAAUGGUAAGGCCAGAAUUAAAGCAGCAUUUUAACAGCAAUCAUCGACUUCUCAGCCAAAAUCACCAUAAUCAUCAGCAGCAAGUUGAUACUGGCUCUACCAGAGAUAGCUAUGGAAUAUUCCACAAACGAUUGAAAAAGCACGAAGUGAACAAAAGUCAAACCUGCGUUCACUUUAGGCAUCCCAAGUUAAUCAACAAGGGUAAUUGUGAUGAUUGUAAAUGUGUGGAAAAUAAAUUUAACAUCGAAACCGGGAUUAAUCGAGGCAAUAUUUUGAAUAACACUUGCGGCGCGCACCCGUUGAAUGACUAUAGCUGGCAGAGGUACCGCAGCCGCAAUAGGUGCAAUAAACAGUGUGUCGAAAAAUCCGUAUGCUCACUAAAGUCAGUAGAUGUUUUUCUAAGAGACAGGCAGCGGACUUCAUGCGAUAAUGUUACAGCAAUCGCUUCUAGUGUGGCUUCAGUUGACUUGGAUACCAGAUUUAAUGCUCUAUAUCAAACUAGCCGAUGGAGGCAAAGUUCCCUCUCUAAUCAAAAUGAAUUUAAAGUAGAGAGUUUGGAGUUUCUACAACCAUCUGCGAUUCCGAACAAUGUAAACAACGAUUUGGUUAUUCAUCCAAACAUAGUAAUGCCAGAGUCGUAUGAGACGCAUCAGUUAAAUCAAUUCACCUCUAGCAUGACCCAAAAAAUAGUGGAUGUGACGUCAAUAUUGAAGGUGAGAUCAAAUCCAAAAACUGUUUCCUCUACUUCUUCUGGUUUGAGGAGGCACCAAAGUUCUGAAGAAAAUCGUGGUCUUCGAAGAUCUUUGGUGGAUAUCUCUGACAGUGAACACAGCGAAAUUACUGAAUCCGCUUCAGCUGAGUUUUCGCCAAAUUUCCAGAACCUACCAUUUAUUCCUACAAAACAAUUCAGCCAGAAGCAGGAAUCAAACUGUCUAAACAAUAAUCAAACAAGUUCUCAAAUUGGUAAAUCAAACAACAAUAUGGUAGGACCGCAGCCUAAUAGAAUGAACAAAACGGAUCUGGAUGUGUUUGGAAAAUCAGCAUCGCACACGGCUUCUACCAUAGACAUGGUAGAUAUGCAAAUGAAUACUCCAAAUCAAAAGCAGGACCAACUUCCAGCACAAUCGCACUUAAAAGUUAGUCCAAACAACCAGGAUCAAAUUAAAAAUCGCACUUGCCCCGUGCCCGAGGAAGUCGUUCAUUACUUAAGCAGCAGUUACGGAGCAUCGUUCCGCCUUCCGCCAGAUGAAAAAUGUGAUUUGGAUCCGGCACACGGAUUCUCAAAUUUAAUUGCCGAUGUCCCGAGUGAUUCACUUGCUAUAAACAAGACGAAACCUAAAACUUCAACAACCACAGCCAAUUCGGACUUUAGCUUGUGUUUAAAUGUUAAAAAUUCAAACUCACAUAGCGAAGAAGUUUGUAAAGAACCUCUCUCUUCGGAGCCACUUUCUGUAAAAAAUGAGCAAACUGCGUCCAGCGGAGAAUUGGUAAUGAGCGUCGAAGGUGAUGCUUUCUCAUUCCAUGAACAGAUCAUUAUGUCUGGUCAGCAGAAGUGCGCUUUGCACGAAAAACCGAAGGCACUUGUAGUUUCGCCACAGCAAGUGAUGAUUCUUUACAUGCAUAAGCUGACGCCCUAUGAACGGACUGAAAUCUUGACGUAUCCACAGAUAUAUUUUAUUGGAGCUAACGCUAAAAAACGACCCGGAAUCUAUGGACCAAACAACUCGGACUAUGAUAAUGAACAAGGAGCUUAUAUACAUAUACCACAUGACCACGUAGCUUACCGCUACGAAAUGCUCAAGAUAAUCGGAAAGGGUAGUUUUGGGCAGGUUAUCAAGGCGUACGACCAUAAGACCCAUGAGCAUGUCGCUCUAAAAAUUGUGCGCAACGAAAAACGCUUUCAUCGACAGGCACAAGAGGAAAUCCGCAUUCUCCAUCAUCUUCGGCGACAUGACAAGUACAAUACCAUGAAUAUCAUACACAUGUACGACUACUUUACUUUUCGCAACCACACAUGCAUUACAUUUGAGCUUCUGAGCAUUAAUCUGUACGAGCUGAUUAAAAAGAAUGGUUUCAAAGGCUUUAGUUUGCAGCUGGUGCGAAAGUUUGCGCACUCUCUAUUGCAGUGUUUAGACGCGCUCUAUAAAAAUGAGAUUAUCCAUUGUGAUAUGAAGCCUGAAAAUGUACUUUUAAAACAGCAGGGACGCUCUGGAAUAAAGGUCAUUGAUUUCGGGUCAUCUUGCUUUGAAAAUCAACGGGUAUACACUUAUAUCCAAUCGAGAUUUUAUCGCGCUCCUGAGGUCAUAUUAGGCGCCAAAUAUGGAAGAGCCAUUGACAUGUGGUCCUUGGGCUGCAUCUUGGCUGAGCUGCUUUCAGGCCAUGCCCUAUUUCCAGGGGAAAAUGAAAGUGAUCAAUUAGCCUGCAUAAUCGAAGUACUCGGAAUGCCUAGCAAAACAUUACUUGCAAACUCGAAGAGGACGAAAACGUUCUUUAGUCCAAAAGGGUAUCCACGCUACUGCACAGUACGGACAAUGUCUGAUGGCAUGGUUGUUCUAAUAGGCGGCCAGUCCCGCCGUGGAAAGCCACGCGGACCACCAUGCUCAAGGACCCUCUCCAAGGCACUGGAUGAUUGCAAAGAUCCACUUUUUCUUAAUUUUAUCCGUGGUUGCCUGGCAUGGGAUGCUGACAAACGACUAACACCGUCAGAGGCCCUAAAGCAUCCUUGGUUACGCCGUCGUCUACCUAGACCGCCUAGUAGUACAAACGGUGCUGGCGCCGACGGAGGAAUUAGUGGCUGCAUUAGUGGUGACCAAUCGCCAGUAACAGGCAACAAUCCUGCUCCGUCCUCUACUUCAGCUUCCUCUACAAUGGAACGAGAAAAUAGUAAUUGCAGUGGCCGAACUAACAUAUGCGGUAUAUCAGAUACUAAUGCCCCUGGUGUUCUCGGACCGGAGCCAUUAGGCUCGUUGUCAACUGUCUCAGCUACACAUACUACGGACAUAAUAACUGAUACGCUAAAAAGGACAACCAUUAAAUGUAGCUGCACAUUAGCAGCUAGUAUUUCACCACAUUCAAAGCUAACCUCUACACACUCUGCUGAUUGCUGCACAAACAAUGGUCUCCGCGUGGCUCAACGUGUUAGUACAACUCCUGGAUUCCCACAGUCAUCAUUAUCGUAUAUGUCAGUGCUUCACAAGACUAAUCUAAACGGAAAUGAACGAUUGACUACCUACUCGAACACUUCGUUAACGCAUUUGGAACCAGUUUCAAGCUUGGGUAUAUUGAGUGCAUAUGCUGUUGCAACGGACACGCCAAACUCAGCACUUCCCACAUCCGCGCCUGUUUUGGAUUACUCUACCGCCGGCAAUGAACAGCAGUCAACUCCUACGUCUAUGGCCGGCGUUAAAAUCUAUAAAACUUAUGCAUCCGCCAGCGGUCCUACAGGCACAGCUGAUAAUUUACACCACAAUCAGUAUCAGCAUGUACGCAACCUACGAAUAUCAACUAAAGAUAUGUAGCAAUCUUUGGCAAAUAUGCAAAUUCUCGUCAAAUAAAGGUUUGGAGGCAGUUCUCCAUGUUGUUAGCCAACUUAGCAACGCACUGCCAUACAAGUGAUAGACUUAAGGUAACUCAAUAGUGCGCUUUGCUAAAAGAGCACCGAGACACCAAGAGAGAAAGCCUUCGCAUAUAUACUCAUAAUCAGAUACGGCAAAGAUCUCAAAAGAAAACUAAGCAAAAUGAAAUAAUACAUUUAAAUUACAUAAAAUCAUAUUGACGAUAGGGUUGCAUUACAUUAAAUGAGCCCAAUUACA